AUGAUCGAGAAAGAGUGGAGUGAGUGCUGGGCUGACAACUUCUCGACAGCUGACUACAUCGCGGUCACUGACAGUGACGUAGUGUUCACUUCCUUCGUUCUGCCCUCCUUGAUCUUCGAGCCCGGUCCAUCCAAGCCCAGGCCGAUUGUCAUGGGGCAUUCCGAACUGGAGGUGUUUCUUGCAACUGUGCUCGCGCUUCGUCUGGUCUGGGUGGCUGAGUUCAUGGACAAUUUCCCGUUGGUCAUCCACCGGCCUCACUUCGGCUCGUUUCGGCAAGUUCUCGUCUUGCUGUAUGGCAAGCAGCCGUCCGACGACUUCGACAGUGUAUUCGUGCCGUACCUGAAGGGCAUUUGGGUAGAGUCUGAGAAGAGACUCGAAAAAGAGCCGGAAACUAUUUGUUUUCAUUCAAUGAUGGGCAGCUUUCUCUACUUCCAACACCAGGAUUGGUACGCGUGGUCGAUCCGGCACGGGUGGAUCAGGUCAGUGCCUCUUGAACACACCUGCCCGCGACUGCGGGUGGCCCACCAUGUUCCAUACUGGGGCAUGGAGAAUUGGAGCCGUGGCUGCAAGUUAGGGUUAAGGGGGCUCUUCUCAUGA